AUGGUCUGCACGCGAUGCGUGCUAGUCAACCUGUCUAUCUCCUCUGGUAAAGAAUUUGCACGUUCAUCAAGAUGUAAAAGCUACGCUCUCGCUAGACAGAAUGUAAAAGUGCUGCUCGUCAUUAACUGCUUGUUGAUGCACUGUUGCAUGUUAUUAAUCGUUAAAAGCAGCGAUGCCCGCUAUCAAAGAAUAGCACCUUCUAAAUUUAACUUAAGGCAGAGUGCUAAAUGCUGUUUAAGGGAGGAUAAGUUCUUCAAUUCUGAUAUGGCAAUUUUUAAAGUAUCUUUGAUUGGUAAAGCAUUUCACGGUUCCUACCUACGAUGCUAA